GCUGAGCCGCCCUGCGGUUCGGUGCCCGGAGAGUUGUCAAGGUUUCUGGUUGUGGAGGAUCGGCGAGAGGAGCGAGGGCGGAGACGCUUCUACGAUGCCGAACAAAACGAAGAAGGACAAGGAGACCCCUAAAUCUACCAAAGUGGGCAAGAGUGGAGGACAGGAGAAUUCCGAGCAUGAGAGCUCGAACAGGAAGGCUAGCAAUAGCGUUCCUCCCACCACUCAGCUGCUAAAGGGGAAACAGCCAGGUUCCCAGACGCCUGUCAAAAAGGACAAAAGGCAGAGCUCCUCUCGCUUCAGCUUGAGCAACAACAGAGAGCUGCAGAAACUGCCAGCUUUCAAAGAUGUUCCACCUGCAGAGCAGGAGAAGCUCUUCAUCCAGAAGUUGCGGCAGUGCUGCGUCCUCUUCGAUUUUGUCUCAGACCCACUGAGCGACUUGAAAUGGAAGGAGGUGAAACGGGCAGCGCUGAGCGAGAUGGUGGAGUACAUCACCCACAACAGGAACGUAAUCACCGAACCCAUCUACCCGGAGGUGGUUCAUGUGUUUUCUGUGAACAUGUUCAGAACGCUGCCGCCGUCAUCCAAUCCCACGGGUGCUGAGUUCGACCCAGAGGAGGAUGAGCCGACGUUAGAGGCCGCAUGGCCUCAUCUACAGCUCGUCUAUGAAUUCAUCCUACGUUUCUUAGAGUCACCUGACUUUCAACCAAACAUAGCCAAAAAGUAUAUUGACCAGAAGUUUGUAAUGCAGCUCUUGGACCUGUUUGACAGUGAAGACCCCAGGGAAAGAGAUUUUUUAAAGACCACUCUACAUCGCAUCUAUGGCAAGUUCCUGGGCCUGCGAGCGUACAUUAGGAAACAGAUAAAUAACAUAUUUUAUAGUUUCAUUUAUGAGACUGAACAUCAUAAUGGAAUAGCAGAAUUACUGGAAAUAUUAGGCAGCAUAAUCAAUGGAUUUGCAUUACCAUUGAAAGAAGAGCACAAGAUAUUCCUCCUGAAAGUUCUGCUGCCUUUACACAAAGUCAAGUCACUUAGUGUAUAUCACCCACAGCUGGCCUACUGUGUAGUACAGUUCCUAGAAAAGGACAGCACCCUCACAGAACCGACAGUGAUGGCUUUGUUGAAGUACUGGCCAAAGACCCACAGUCCGAAAGAGGUCAUGUUCCUCAACGAGCUGGAGGAGAUCCUGGACGUCAUCGAGCCUUCAGAGUUUGUUAAGGUCAUGGAGCCCCUCUUCAGACAGCUGGCCAAGUGUGUGUCCAGCCCCCACUUUCAGGUAGCGGAGCGAGCUCUGUACUACUGGAACAAUGAGUACAUUAUGAGUCUGAUCAGUGACAAUGCCGCCAAGAUCCUGCCAAUCAUGUUCCCGGCCCUUUACCGCAACUCCAAGACCCACUGGAACAAGACCAUCCACGGGCUGAUCUACAACGCUCUGAAACUCUUCAUGGAGAUGAACCAGAAGCUGUUUGAUGACUGCACCCAGCAGUUCAGGGCAGAGAAGAGCAAAGAGAAAGCUAAAUGGAAGGAGCGAGAAGAAGGGUGGCUGAAAAUUGAGAAUCUCGCAAAGUCGAACCCACAGUUUGUGACGUACAUUGACUCUGUGGGCUCAGGCAGUCCAAUGGACAUGGAGACAGACGGGCCCCUGCUGGACGAUGUCAAUAUGCUAAAGAAAGCAGUCGUGGAGGAAGCGACACAGAUCCAAAAAGACCAGAGGAGAGAGCGCCCAUUGAUGCGAAGGAAAUCCGAGCUCCCCAGGGACAUCUGCACGGUCACAGCCUUGGAGCUGCACCGGAGAGCCGAUGAAAUCAUGACGACGCAUGACGGCCACUAAGAGACCACCCUGGGAUCCACCAUAAACCAGCAGCAGCAUCCACAGAGGAACCCCAGGCCCAAGGCGGCCCCGCACAAUGACAAAACAUCUGGUAUCUCAGUCCAGCCCAGCACAACACAGAAGUGAAACAGUCCCUGCUCCCCCCCCGACACAGAAAAUGUGUAAAGCUGCACAUCGAGGGCCUGAUUCAGCUUUCGGACAAGCGGCACCCUGUCCUUACUGAUCCCUGCCCCACCCACCCCACCCUGUUGUUGUCCAGCAGAGACGGUGCUGGACGCUCCCGCACGACACCCACCGUGAACUUUCCCCCCCAGGACACUGCGUCGUUCUCUCCUUCUGUCGUUCUCUCUUUUUUUUCCUGUCCUCUCAACCUGUUGUUUUUACGGCGGUGCUGUGCUGCCCCCUUCUGGUCAUUUCUCUCAGGUGUUUUGUUCUCUGUGUGCGCGUGAGCGUGAGCUGUCUUCUCUUCUUGCCUCUUCUUUAUAGAUGUCAGGUGCUUGUACAAAUUAAAACGUAUCUCUUUGGUUUAUUUAAAAGAAAAAAACUGCAUCAUCUGAUGAAAAAAUGCCGGUUGUUUCUAUAAACUAAAUAUUAGCUAUUCCUCCCAUAACAUAGCGCUCUUUAUAUAUAUUUUUUUCCAACAUAGUAUAUUAGGAGCUUGUCUCACAUUAAAACACACUUCCCAUCUGUACAGCUCUUCAGUUUGGCAUUUUAAUUUUUGUUCUCGGUUCUUGUUUUUCCUGUUUGCUGUGAGGAUUCAUUGAUUGUUUUUUUUAAUCAGGAACGGAGGUGGAUUUGUGUGAAUUAAAAGCACAGCAGCUCGUUUGCAUUCGCCCAAUGCGUGUGCGUGACAGAGGUCCAGGUUUUUUUCUUCCACCACAUGUAUGUUCCUGCGCAGAAGCGUCACUCGGUGCCAACUUCUCUCAAUAAUUCAGCUCCUGUAUCUAAGAAAAAUCCUUUUAAUUGUGUAGGCAAUAAGUCAGCGUGGGCUGUGGCGCGUGUCCGGGAGUUGUUACGUGUUCGAUCAGUCGUCGGGAGCAGUCCGGCUCGGGCACCGCUUUCCUGCAACAGUUACAUGAGAGGGGGGGUGGGGGGGAUUGUGGGAUUUAUUUUGGGCUCCUCGUUCACGUUCAGCUAUUGCAGGAGCGCAUGUUACACGGCCAUUAGCAUUCAGUACAAGUCACUGUCAUUCAUGUGAGGCUUACGAGAGGUCAGAGACGGAGUUGCUCGCCUGGCAGUCACACGGAGUCGCCGUGUGUCGAGAGAUGGCCGACAGGGGCAGACAAUGUGCUGAUAGCCCUGUCUUUAGUUACUCUUCUCAAGCAAGACCCUUUUAUUUAUAAAACACUUGUCAGAGAUUAGACCGCGUCAUGGGUGAGGUGUGUUUGGUUUGAAGAGGUCAAACAUGAGCCUUUCUUUUCACAGUGCCUUUUAUAGCCUAAGGGGACUUUUGCUCAACUGAGAAUCGAGUGGUAGCAUUGACGGGAAAAAAAAUGCCAGAUCAUUCAAAAAAAAAUAUGACAUUCAAAAACAAGGAGGCAUGUUUGAAUCUGCACCGUGCACACCUCGGGGCCCUUGGACUCCAGCACAUGCCUUGUUCAAGCUGCAAAGUCCAUUUUUGUGGUUUAACACUCGAGCGGAGAAGCAGAGUGGUCGCCCCCAAACCACUUCAGCAAUGAAGCACUUCCUGAUGAAACUUGAAAAGAAAAUAGAAACACAGAUGAAAAAAACAAACAAACUCCUAAAUAACUGAAUUCUGUGAUGCUGUCUGUGCUGGUGUGAGUGAGGGGUCGCCUCCCCUGGGUGCCUGUGGAUGAGAGCUAGCCUCCACGGGAGAGCCUAUCACCUCCCAUCGUAACACUGUCCCCCCCCCCGAUCCUUCUUCUCCCCUCCCUGUUAAAAGCCGAGUGCUACCCUGUAGGGCACCUGGUUGUUCUGCUCCUGGAUGCUUGCAACUUCUUGUUUUUGUUGUGGGUUUGAUUCCUCCUUUCGCCCGCAGAACCUCUUUGUCAGUGUUUCAACUGAAUGUGCAAAUUGUAAAUAUUAUUGCAGUCACGUUGCUCAGUUCUCUCCAUGUUUGUCUUGAAGAACAACAUUCACCAAAGGGCUUUCUUAAAGAAAAAAACUCAUCCCCUUGUUCCCUGAGUACUACUGUGGAUCUGCUGAAAGGAAAGGGAUUCCAUCCCUGUAGAAAUCUGCAUCCUCUGAUUGUUGGUGUUAAGGCCAGUUUAUACUUCAGCCUUGGCUCAACUCCAUGAGUACACUGUGGCUUCAUGGCCUUGGAAAUAGUCUAGGAAGAAAUAUAACUAUUUGGAUCAUAACGAUGCAGAUGGACACAACUUGGGAUUGGUUCGUCUCUCAGUGGCGAGACUCGACUCCCGCUUCUUCUGCCUCAGACGUCUCCUCUCGUCUCUGUCGUUCAACAUCUAUUUCCUCAAACUCCAACAAAUGGCGACAGAAGCUGAGUAAAUCAUGUUGGAGCGCGCACCAUAGACUGUCUAUAAAGAUGGUCCCCACAUGAAGCAAAAAUAUCCCGGAUACGGGUGACGCCAUCUUGUGCUUUAAAGCCAUUUGGAGCCAGUGUCUGCGAAGUGGACUGUGCUACGGAGCCGCGGUAUCUAGGCCCCACCAUUGCUUUUGUCAAUCAAGUCGUUUUUUGCCAUUUUUAUAGCAUCAAAUAAGUAAUUCAAAACAAACUUACCAGAAACAUGAGCACUUGAAUCAAUGUGAUAAGGACUACCUAUAUUGACAGAAACCAUCUUUAUCACGUACUUUGACACCAGGGGGCGAACACGCAGAUUUGGCUUCACUUUUGGGGAGCUGUCAUGUCAUCCAUCUUUUAUAGAACCUGUAGUGCACACACAUAGGGACCUCAUGUUCAGUGUCAACCACUGAUGAAGACUUGGCGUCGAUCCUCUGCUGAAGAUCAAACUUCAGCGUCUCAUUGGUGACUGUUGUUCUUCUUGCAAUGGCUUUAAUAUUGGCUUCUUUGGAGCUCUCUUCAUUUUACAUAAGCUUUGUUUUCUUUUUCUCGGAGAAGAAUGAUUAUUGCAAGUGUCCUUUAGUAUAUAUCCCAUACUAAAUGGCUUCAUUUAAUAUUGUACAUAUAAUGUACUUUUAUUUUAUGUUAUAACUAUUAUUCAAUGGUAGAUUUCAUAUUUUGUACAAAAUGUCACGUGUACAGAAUACAGAGGUUGUUAGCAACUGCAGACGGUUGGUAUGUGGCACAGACUUCAACACAUGUGACGAUUUACAUUUAGAAAACCAUAUAGAAUUUGGAUAGUUUUUUAUCUACUGUAAUCAACAUCUUUUCCGUUUUUAGUUUUCCACCUUCAGAUAUGUGUUGAGAUCCUACAUACAUGAGCUCUUUGUGUGUGCUUUUAUCCAAAUCUCCAGUGGUGUACAUCUAUCUAUAUACAGCAAAUAAAGAGAACAUGUGAGUUUUA